AGCCUCCCCCCGGGCCCGGCAGGAGGAGGACGGGGAAGCAGCAGCGGCCCGUGGGAUAGGCCGAGCGCCGCCGCCUCCCCCGGGGCGAGGGGCCCCCGCCCGCACCGAGCCGCCCCCCGCCGGGACUGGCCUGAGGCCCCCCCCGCCCGCCCCCGGAGAGCGCGCGAGGAGCCGCCGCUGCCCCCGCCGAGGGGCCGGGGCCCCCGGGCCGGGCCGGGCCCCCGCCGCGCCCGGGCUGGAUGAAUGUGGGGCAAGAUGGAGACCAAGACGAUCGUGUACGACCUGGACACCUCCGGGGGGCUGAUGGAGCAAAUCCAAGCCCUGCUGGCCCCGCCGAAGAGCGAGGACGGCGAGAAGAAGGGCCGGCGGCCCGAGAAGGAGGCCCGGCGCAGUGGCCGGGCCACGAACCAUGAUAGCUGCGAUAGCUGCAAGGAAGGAGGGGAUCUGCUGUGCUGCGAUCACUGCCCGGCCGCUUUCCACCUCCAGUGCUGUAACCCUCCAUUGAGCGAGGAAAUGUUGCCUCCAGGGGAGUGGAUGUGUCAUCGCUGCACUGUACGCCGAAAGGUAAAACCUCUUAUCCAAACAAACUCAGUUCUCUUUGGGUCACUCUUCUAAAAUGUUAACUCUUUAGUAUUUUCCAAAUAUUUGUCACUCGUAUUUGAGUCUUACUGCCCUUUUUUCCUCCUACCAACCUUUCUUUUCCCACCCCCACAGACACAGAUACAAAACCUUAGAGUUCUGCUCCAGUGUGUGUGAGAUCAUGGAAUCGCAGGAAGUAAAGUGAAGGUUAGAGAGCUUGGCAGAGCAGAGAGGUUUUGAUUAGGAGUAGGUGGAUAGAAAACUCUAAGCCAGUCCCAAAUUCCUGUACUGAUUUUUACUAUUAGAAAUCACAAAACUGAACUUUAAAUCCAGACUUACAAACAUUUAAUUUAGUAACGUACCCUCAGCAAACAGCAAUUUUCCACAUUUAAUCUUGAACAGGAAAAAACAAACUGCACUAAAAAUAUCCCAGAGGGAAUAAUUCUGCACGGGCAAAGGAGAUGGACUAGUUGUGACUUAAUAUGGCUUCCCAUCUUUAGUGUCUGAUGCUUUUAUUGCAGUGCCUCAUGAUUCUGGCUAGCAAAAACAAAACAAAACUGUGACCCCACAACAAUUUCCAUAGCAACAGACUGAAUUGCUGUGAAUUAUGACUUCCUUAUUUGCAAGAACAGGAUGGAGAGAUGAUUCGGCAAGAUUGUGGCUUGGUUUUUUGACAUGCUAUUUCCCAGGAAGCUCUCCUUGCUAAAUGUAAACAUGAUUUUGCAGCAAUGACGUCUUCAGACUGUGUACCCAAGUGUUUAAAGAGAUUCUGCACCAAAUUAUCCAGGAAGCCAUUCAUAUGAAGUGCCACACAAAUUCACCUCCAACAUAUUCUUUUUUCCAACUUGCCACCUUUUAUCAUGGUCUCUUGCUCCUGGCAAAUCACUUGUGAUGCUGUUAUAUCCUGAAGACAGUAACGCUUCAGAAACUUGUCUCAACAAUAAAAAGGUCAUCUUAAAAAGAGCAAUGGCUUUUGCUUUUUCUAACUCUUUUCCUUAUCUUGAAUGGCUUAGCCCUUAAUUUUCGCUCAUUCCAGCACCUCACACAAACAAGAAAUGCUGCUUCCGGAAAAACUGUAUCCGACAAAAGGCUGAGUUUCUGGUGGCUCAAAUUUGUUGUUUUUUCCCCCCCCCUCUGCUCCUGAUUUCUUUCCUGUUUUGUUUGGUUGGUUGGUUUUUUUGGGGAGGCGGGGGGUGUUCCCCUCCUCCUUUCCCAUGUGCAACUAGCUUUGCACAUUUUCUCCCUUGGAGGUUCAUAUGCUGCACAUCUCACAGCUUUCAUGGAGAUUGAUGUGAAUGCUAAGUCCUUAAACUGUGCUGAUGCUGCCCCUUGUGACUCAUAAUAAAUUAUGCCCAUUGCACCUUCCAGACUAGGACCACCAAGAACUAAUGCUGGCUGGCUAGAGACCUCAAAAUUAGGGCUGUCAAGCAAUUUUAAAAAAGGAAUCGCGAUUAAAAAAAUAGAAUACCAUUUACAUAUUUUUUGGAUGUUUUCUACAUUUUCAAAUGUAUUGCUUUCAAUUACAA